AUGCCUCGCGAUCUUAUCGAGCUCUAUUACAGAGCAAAACAAAUGCUCGCCACCGGUUGUGAACCAGAUAUUGUAACUUCUCUCAUAGCUGAACUGAAGAGAGAGAACCUUAUCGAUACUGCAUGGCUCGCAGGUGCAGGAGGUGGUGGUUUCCUUUACACUUGGUUGAAAAAUGGCACCAGUGUUGACCAACUUCGUGCAUUUAUUUCCUGUUAUGGAACAGCUGAGAUGUCUGUUCAUACAGUGCAAGUCGACAAUUCCCCUAAUGCAGUAUUCUUUGCUUAG